AUGUCGGGCGAUUACCCGAAACCGAUUAUAUAUACAGCCUUGUGCACCAGCGAAAAUAUUGAGCGUCCUUUCGCGUGCAACAGAAAAACAAUCAGAAAACGAGCAAAGAAAAAAGUCAUGACCGUCAAAUCAGCAACUCAAACCGCAAAACGCUUGUCAUUCCGCACAGCCACGCUCACUCAUGUCGCCGCCGUCAGGGCCCUCGUCGUGUCAGCGUUCCGCGGCGACGCCAGUCGCGCAGGCUGGACCACCGAAGCCGACCUCUUCACCGACGAGCGCAUCUCCGAGGCCGGCGUUGAGGCCAAAAUCCAGCGCCCCGACAGCGAAGUCAUCAUAGUCCUCGACGAGAACGAGACGCUGCUUGGCUGUGCCGAACUCGUGAGUCAGGGUGCUGUCGUGCAAAUUGGUAUGGUAGCGGUGUCGCCGACCAGCCAGGGUCGGGGGAUUGGAAAGGCGCUCAUUACUCACCUGCAGGAAGUUGGGGUAGGAGAUUACAAGGCAGAGAGAAUGGAACUUUGCGUUAUAUGGACGAGAGAAGAUGUUAUCGAGUUUUACAUUCGCAGGGGGUUUGUAAAGACAAAGCGUCUGAGACCGUUUCCGUACACGGAGUUGAUCAAUGGAAAGGCACUUCGGGAUGAUUUGUAUUUUGUUGUUUUAGAGAAAUAUUUGCCGCCUUGUUAG